CCUCACUUCGGCUGCCCAGGCCCAGCCAGAACGUGCAGCCGCUGCCUGCCGCUCCUUUGUCCGCUGCCCGAGCCCACCGGCCCCAUGAAGCGACUCGCGACGACGUCGCGCCCGGUCCCGCUGCCGCUGCUGCUGCUCAGCAGCCUCUCGCUGCUGGCGGCCCGAGUGAACGCAGACGUCUCCAUGGAGGCUUGCUGUACAGAGGGAAAUCAAAUGGCUAUCCAGCACAGGGACUGCUCGCUGCCAUACACCUCAGAAUCCAAGGAGUGCAGGAUGGUCCAGGAGCAGUGUUGUCACAACCAUCUGGAGGAGCUGCAUUGUACCACAGGCAUCAACCUGGCCAGCGAGCCAGAAGGCUGUUCCACGCUCCACAGCUACAACAGUAGCCUCGAGACCAUAUUCAUAAGGAGGUGCUGCCACUGUUGCAUGCUGGGAAAGGCGGCCCGGGCCCGAGGCCAGACCUGUGAGGCCAACCUCAUGAUAAGCUACCAGUGUGGGCUGGUAUUCCGUGCCUGCUGUGUGAAGGACCAAGAGAAUUCAGACUUCCUCCCAGGCAAUGGUGGGACCCUUCAGGACCCAGCUAAGAUCCCUGAUGAUGAGGAACAAGAAGACCCCUAUCUGAAUGACCGCUGUCGAGGUGGCGGGCCCUGUAAGCAGCAGUGCCGUGACACCGGGGACAAAGUGGUCUGCUCCUGCUUUGUGGGCUACCAACUGCAGUCGGACGGUGUCUCCUGUGAAGAUAUCAAUGAAUGCAUCACAGGCAGCCAUAACUGCCGCCUGGGAGAAUCCUGCAUCAAUACCAUGGGCUCUUUCCGCUGCCAGCGGGACAGCAGCUGUGGGACUGGCUAUGAGCUCACAGAGGAUAAUAACUGCAAAGAUAUUGACGAGUGUGAGAGUGGUAUUCAUAACUGCCCCCCCGAUUUUAUCUGUCAGAAUACUCUGGGAUCCUUCCGUUGCAGACCCAAGCUGCAGUGCAAGAACGGUUUUAUACAGGAUGCUCUAGGCAACUGCAUUGAUAUCAAUGAGUGUUUAAGUAUCAGUGCCCCAUGCCCUGUGGGGCAGACAUGCAUCAAUACAGAGGGCUCCUACACAUGUCAGAAGAAUGUGCCCAACUGUGGCCGUGGCUAUCAUCUCAACGAAGAGGGAACUCGCUGUGUUGAUGUGGAUGAGUGCUCACCACCAGCAGAGCCCUGUGGGAAGGGACACCACUGCUUGAACUCCCCCGGCAGCUUCCGCUGCGAAUGCAAGGCUGGGUUCUAUUUUGAUGCCAUCAGCAGGACCUGUGUGGACGUCAACGAGUGCCAGCGCUAUCCUGGACGCCUGUGCAGCCACAAGUGCGAGAACACCCCAGGCUCCUACCACUGCAGCUGCUCCGCAGGCUUCCGCCUGUCUACUAUAGACAGCCGGUCUUGUGAAGAUGUAAAUGAGUGCCUCGACAUCCCCUGCAGCCAGGAGUGUGCUAACGUCUAUGGCUCCUACCAGUGUUACUGCCGACGAGGCUACCAGCUGAGUGACGUGGAUGGGGUCACCUGUGAAGAUAUUGAUGAGUGUGCCCUGCCCACUGGGGGUCACAUCUGCUCCUACCGCUGCAUCAACGUCCCCGGAAGCUUCCAGUGCAGCUGCCCCUCGUCUGGCUACAGGCUAGCCCCCAAUGGUCGCAACUGCCAAGACAUUGACGAGUGUGUGACCGGCAUCCACAACUGUUCUAUCAACGAGACUUGCUUCAACAUUCAGGGCAGCUUCCGCUGUCUGUCCUUUGAAUGCCCCGAGAACUAUCGCCGCUCCGCAGACACCUUCCGCCAAGAGAAAACAGACACUGUCCGCUGCAUCAAGUCGUGCCGUCCCAACGAUGAGGCCUGUGUGCGGGACCCUGUGCACACCAUCUCCCACACCGUCAUCUCGCUGCCUACCUUCCGAGAGUUCACCCGUCCUGAGGAGAUCGUCUUUCUGAGGGCGGUCACACCGCUGUACCCUGCCAACCAGGCCGACAUCAUCUUCGACAUCACAGAAGGGAACCUUCGGGACUCUUUUGACAUCAUCAAACGCUACGAGGACGGCAUGACCGUGGGUGUCGUGCGCCAAGUGCGGCCCAUCGUGGGCCCAUUUUAUGCCGUCCUGAGGCUGGAGAUGAAUUAUGUGUUGGGGGGCGUGGUCUCCCACCGGAAUGUUGUCAACGUGCACAUCUUCGUCUCCGAGUACUGGUUCUGAGGGCUGGCUCACAAGCACAGCCAGGGGUGCGCCCCACCCCCUGGCCAAGUCCUUGUGGCCAGUGACUGCCAGGUUCUUGUCUAUACCGUUGAGGCUUUGUGUUGGUUUGUAAGGCCACGU